AUAAUUGAUUGAUUGAUGUUUAAGGAGUGAUGAGACAGGACUGGUUGGAUUUCUAAGAUCCAAAACCCCUUUGAGCUUUAGAGAGAAAUCCUGGACUAGCAGAAGAUCUAGUAGUGAGCGUGACCUGACCCCUACCCCUGACCAUGCUAGCGGGCCGGUGAGCCUCUCUACACUGGACAAUAAAGAGAAUCGAAUAUCAAGAAUUUUCUCGUUGCGGCGGUCCCAUGACCUCACCCCUGAGAGGGAGGGGGGCAUGCACCCCCUCACCGAGGAGGAGGAAACCGUCCUGGGGGAGAGGGAGGGGCCAACACUCUCCCCUCCAAUCCUACCUCCGACACCCCUAUUCAUGCCUCCGGAACAAACAAAACGGAGGUUUAUCCUCAAUAGUCUGAUACAGAGUGAAAAUAACUAUUUAGAAUCCCUUCAAAGACUACUUGAAGACUACAAGAAACCUUUAGAAGAGAGCUCUCCUCCUAUUCUCAGUGAAAACAAGGUUUCAACAAUAUUCUACAGGGUAAACGAGAUACUUAACUGUCAUUCAAUAUUCAGAAUUGCACUGUCUGAAGCUGUGAGAAAAUGGGAUCAGGAAGAGAAGAUUGGAGAUGCAUUUGUGGCCUCGUUUUCCAAGUCUGUAGUUUUGGAGGUCUAUUCGGACUUCAUAAAUAACUUUACCGAGGCCAUGGAGGUUGCUAAAACAGAAAGUAAAAGAAAAUCAGCUUUCGCAGAUUUUCUUAAGGUUAAACAGAUAACAGCUCAUGAUCGGUUAAAUUUCUACGGACUUAUUGUUAAACCAAUUCAACGAUUUCCACAAUUUAUUCUCAUUCUGCAAGAUCUCCUAAAGGAAACACCUCCCGGACACAAUGACCGAAUGGCUCUCCAACUAGCUCUGACCACUCUGGAGUCCCUCGCCGAAAUGUUAAAUGAAAGAAAGCGCGAAUCUGAACAAAUUGCCGCGUUUCGCGCCAAAAUGCGCCAACUUGGCGGGAAACUUGGAAAAAGUGAAAAUGGUCGAGUUUUACUUAGAGAAGACGACGUUGAUCGUCUUGAGUUUAACAGUUCAGGACAAGUGUCAAGGACGAAAUCUCGACGCCUGCUUCUCCUGAAUGACCGGAUAGUGUGUGUAGCUGCCAGCGGUCGACCUAGUGAAGUUGAUAUAAACAGCCCGGGCCAGUACGAGAAAUUAAGUCUAAAAUGGAGUGUGGGCGUGAAUGAAAUAGAUGUCGUAGAAGGAGCUGGAGCUGGAACCUUGGCUAGAUUAACUACAGCUGGAUCAGUUCUCCAUCAAUCAAAGAAAACUAGUCUAUCAAAAACUAAUUCAAACAAUGUUGAUAAACAGAUGGCGGAGAAUCUAGCUCAAGAUAUGGCAGACCUUAUGCAUGAUUUCGACGUAGUUUCCAGGAUGAGUACAUUGUCUAGUAGUUUAAAGUGUGAUUAUCCAAGUGUGAAUUGUGAAGCCCUAGCUUCAAUACUUGAUACUAUUCAGGCAUCUAUCAGGCAGAAGGACGAUGAGAUAAGUUGGUUGGAUAAGAGCUGUCUUCAAAUAAUAGUGAAGAGAAAAGAAAAAACAGAAACAUUAACAUUCCAGAUGCGAUCUCCAGCUGUGAAACAAGAUUGGGUUGUGGAGCUAAGGCUUGCUAGAUUGGCACUAAGCAUGGACAAUUCACCGGGCUGGGAUGUUUUAGAUACAUCAAAAUUUACAGGUCGUCUUCCUCUGUACGUGCAGAACCUGCCUGUGCUUAAACUUGAGAAACAAAGUGAAGUUGUUUGCGGAACCAGUUAUACUAUUCUAGUACAGACACCUACCCGUGCACUCAGGCCUGUAACCUAUGUGUGGGUGAAUGCUACGGAUGGGUACUCCGCAAACCUGAAAGUGUUUAUGGUCCAGGUAAAUCAGAAAAUAUCCUUAAAGGAGCUCGGCUCCCACUUCCUAAGCUCCUGUAACGUGCACGCGCUCCAGUAUGUUCCUGGAGGAGGUGGUGGUGGAGGGCUUCAGUAUGUCUCAGGAGGAGGAGUAUCAGCCUCGUGUUUAGAUAAUUCCCUAGCCCAGGACCUAGUCUGGGUCGCCACAGACGAUAGAAGAAUCCUGCUGUAUGGUGCAAAAGACCCAGAGAAAUGUCAUGAGGUGGGACGGAUAGUUUUACAGGCUGAGCCUGUGUGUCUGGUUCAACACUCGGGACAAGUAUUUGUUGGUCUAGCAAAUGGAAAUCUUAAUGUCUUCAGACGAACAGUCAGACAAAUUUGGGAUCUUGAAACCCCUAUAGUGAAGAGCCUAGGAUCUGAACCAGUAUCAACUUUACUCCCAGUCUCAGGAGGAAUCUACGCAGCUACUGGUCGGAAGGUUUAUCUGUUGGAAACUAAUAGUUUCUCAAUUCUUCGUCAGCUCUCAUUGUCAGGAGAAGAUACUUCGUUCAAGGGAAGUGUGAUGUCUCUCAGUUUUUUACUAUCCCCUGGUUCUGUGUCCCACAUAGCGGUAGCAGGCGUAGGAUUAUGGAUCGCCAUGGCUAACUCUUCUACAAUAGCUCUUUAUCAUACAGAGUCUUUUAUACAUUUACAGGAUAUAAAUAUUGCCAGUAAUGUUGCCCGGGUCCUGGCUGCGAGAGAGGUCGGAAAUAACAGACGCAGUAUUUACGUCACAGCGCUAACUGCUGCGAAGGGUCUGCUAUGGGUUGGAACUAAUGUCGGUAUGGCUCUAACAAUUCCUCUACCUCGGCUGGAGGGUGUCCCCAUUAUAUCGGGCAAAGCAAAUAUAUCCUACCAUGCCCACUAUGGACCGGUCAGGAUGUUCCUCCCGGUCAUGCAGAAGAUUUGCAAGUCUGAGACAGCCUUGACAAACUCUGCCUUGAAGCAUGAAACUAUACCUGAGGAGGCGGAGCUGGCCCGCCCUCCUCGCCAUCCACUCAGUAAACAGGUUUCGGAGAUAUCAAUAUCUGAAUCAAGACCGGGGUUUGUUAAACAGUUCUCUACACCCAUACUAGGAGGGAAACGAUCUAGGGAUACUGUACUAAGGAAGUCCAGUAAGACGCUGCCACGUGGAUUUACUAUUGGGCCGGGCAGUGAGUCUUCAGGGGAUAGUGUUUUUGGACUAUAUGGUGAUCUCAUGAACGUAGAGGAAUAUGAAUAUGAUACAACUGAGCUUGAGAAGAACAAGAAUGAAAUCCACAGAUCUGACCCAGACCUUGAUACGAUCUCCUAUCGAGUCAACACAUUGGAUCGCCGGGUCACUAUGAAAUCUCAGAGACCGAGAUCGUUAGAUCUUUCCUCCUGGUCUGUCGGAUCCAGAGGUUCUAAUCAUACAACAUCGAGCAGUGAAACAGGUUCGGUUCGAACCUCUCCUAGUGUGUCUCGAACUGCGAGCUUUGCUUCGAAUGCCUCCAACACUUCCAUGCAUUCGAAUCCAGGAGAGUCAAGCUGGACGAGCCCUAUUAACAGAACUUUGACGCGCGAAAAUUCUGAUGAUGCUAGUAAAUCCGCAAACAGUUGUGGUAUGAAUAACAACAAUGGCAACAAUGGAGGAGGAGGCAGCAACAACAAUGGAGGAGGAGGAGGAGGGAAGGAAAAGGACAAAGAUCAACAAAGAACUGUGAUAACAUUAAUGGGAGGACGAGGAUAUAUCAAGUUUGAUCAUGCGCACAACGAGCGGAGCAGAACACCGCAGCUGACGCAAAUUUCAAAUACUGACGCAUAUCUUGUCAUUUGGGAUCAUAAAAUUUAAACUCAGCUUUUGCUUUACUAUUAAGGAAAACUGCGUAAAUUUUUGUCUCAGUUGUAAGUUUGAAACCAGUAAAUCCGCAAAUAGAAUUUACAAUUAUGUAUACUGUACACAAUUUGAACUCGACUAGUGCAUUUCUUAAGAAAUCUCCCAAUCUAAUUUAUAAGAAUUCUUCCCAAAAUUAUUCUCUGAAACUGUAUGUAAACAUUAGAAAAGUUAGAUCAUGUUCCAAUCUGGUCAAAUUAUAAAUGACCAUUCAUUUCCUUCAAAAUGGUUUUUUCUUCAAUUGAUUUCCAUUUCAUUGUACGUGUACACUGUACAUUCGAGUACCAUAAUCAUUUGUACAUUUGUAGCGUGUACCACUUUGCAAAGUACUUGAAUGUUAUCACUGCACUGUAAAGUGUACACCGAUUUAAUUAAACUUAAACUGGAGUAAAGAAAAAAAUAUUUUGCCGUUAGAUAUUUAUUUUAUAUUUCUUGAUCAAUUCAAUUUUUGUAAAACUUAUUUAGGAAUAUUUGUGUUAGCAAUGUAUGUACCCACUACAGUUGUACUGUAAACUUGCUGUAGAGAACACAUAUAAAACCCACCUAACUUUUUUUUGAAGCUUUUUUUCUCAAAAGAGACGUUCCUAAUUUCCUUCCGAGAAACAUAAAUCAAAAAAUAAAAAUAAAUCCGAUUUUUUAAUUCCAAGUUGAAAAAAUUUGCUCAUUUUUAACAAAAUUUUCCUGAACAUCUCUUUUUUCUCUUUUUCAAGAGUUUAUUAUUCUGGCUGUGAUUUCUCCUGCUGUGAUAGCCUGUAAUGCGCAUGUGCGUCCUGUGCCUGCAUGUGCCUGUGCGUCCUGUGAAUUCUGUCAAGGAAUAGUACCAGUUAAUCAUGUUUUGUGAUUUUGAUUAAAAAUUUAUUCAAUGUAUGUAAAAAAAUAUAUUUAAACUUAAUUCUGCGAGAUGUAAAGUCAAAUAUGUCUUUUUAAUGGGAUUGUAGACAUAAUUUUAAGUAAUUUUUAUAGUUUUAAAAUCUAAUUUUUUUAACAGCAUUCAUUUAUAAAUAACAAUUUCUCAAUUUACUAAACGGACAAUAUGUAUUGUAGUCACUUAAGAGUUUACAACAUUUUUAGCAAUAAAAACUCGGACUUUUUCAUUAUCGAGAUCAUUGAUCAGAUAAAGUUGUAACGACUAAAACCGUUGGGAAUUGAACAUGCUGCUCCAUAAAAUGGAAAAUUACUUGAAAUUACGGGAACUGUUCCUUUUAUAAUCUCGCUUUAUGUAACAUUGUUUUACAUCACGUUUCCAUAAAACAAUAUCUUUGCAACAAUAUCUUAUUCUCUUAUUUCUCCAUGUAGGUGUAUAGUAUGUAUGUCUGGUUGUUAUAUUCUCCUGCGUACAUAUAUGUCAUGUAAGAGUGAUCUUUAUAAAAUAAAGAAAGUGUAUGUAU